UUUGGUGGGGUUUGCAGAGCUGUAAACGCCGACCAAUCACAGGUCUCCAAUCCGUGGCGUCUUUUUCCCUCGAAUCCAUUUUCUUUCUGUUUGUUCGAUUAUCCCAACAGCAGAACAUGGGCGACCGAUCAUACGCCGAUUAUUCUCAACCGCCCCCCAGCACUGCUUACCCAAAUACUUACGGGGCACCACCGGCCGGCGGUUUUAAUCCACAAGGAGGCGGUGGCGGAGGUGCCGGUGGCGGCGGCGGAUCCUGGAAUCAAGGACGAUCGUCUGGAGGCGGUUAUGGCGGCGGCCAAGGUGGCGGCGGCGGCGGUUAUAACCAAGGAGGUGGUUACAACUCUGGCGGCGGCGGAGGUUAUGGCAAUAGUGGCGGUUAUGGCGGCGGUGGUGGCUAUGGAGGAGGCCGAGAUCGUGGCGAUUUUGACAAAAGGCCUCUAGAUCGACGUGAUUCUUAUGGAGGCGGCAACAGGGGUGGUUAUAACAAAGAUAAUGGAGGCGGCAGUAACCUAGUGGUUCAAGUCGACACGAUUUUUGUGUCUGGAAUGAAUCCGAAUCUUACAGAAGAUGAAAUUGCUCAACACUUCGGUUCGAUUGGAGUGAUCAAAAUGGACAAGAAGACACAAAAACGAAAGAUUUGGUUGUACAAAGAUAAACAGACUGGACUUUCAAAAGGCGAAGCCACUGUUACGUACGAUGAUUCUAAUGCAGCCCAAUCAGCAAUCUCGUGGUUCGACGGUAAAGAAUUCGGUGGUACUCAGAUAAGAGUACAACUGGCUACGAAAAAGGAUAAUUGGAGUGGAAGUCGUGGUGGGGGAAGAGGUGGUGGCCGCGGGGGCGGUUUUGGCGGGCCAAGAGGCCGUGAUGGAGGUUUUGGAGGUGGUGGUGGCGGCGGAGGCGGCGGCGGCGGUGGUGGAGGCGGUGGCCGAGACCGAGAAAGCCGUGAAGGUGAUUGGAAGUGUCCAAACCCCGACUGUGGGAACACAAAUUUUGCCUGGAGGAAUCAGUGUAAUAGAUGCAGUGAAGAUAAACCGGAAGGUGCCGGUUCCGGGGGUGAAGAACGCAGAGGAGGCGGUGGUGGUGGUGGCGGUAGAGAUCGUGACCGGGGAAGAGAUCGAAGAGGCGGUGGCGGCGGUUUCCGCGGUGGUGAUCGAGGAGGUCGUGGAUUUGGAGGUGGAAGAGGAGGCCGAGGCGGUUUCGGCGGUGGACGAGGAGGAGGAGGCGGAAGGGACCGUGGCGGCGGUCGCGAUGGAGGACGUUCGAGGCCGUAUUAGAAGAUUUUUUCCAAAUAACAUUCACGAGUGUUUUAUUUUCAUUACAGUAUCAUUAUUCAUUUCAGUUUUAUUAAGAAGAUCGAUAAGAUAUAAAAGCUUUGUGUUUUUAUAAUUAGAACACAAAAUUUGUGUGGUCACAAGUAUGGCGUGUUUAGUGCAUGAUUAUUUAUGUAUAAUACAUUUUUUUAAGUACAAA